UUCACAUUCCCAAAACAGAAACUUACAAGUGAGGAGUAGAGGAGAUAUUUCUCCAUUAAUGGGAUUUGGGUUCCAAGGAGAAAACUAGGGUUAGGGUUUCACAUUUCACCUAUAAAGUUCCAAUCUUUGGAACAAUUAGAUGAACACACUGAGAGAGUUUUUUAAAGGUCCAAUCUUGGAACAAAUUGGAGGCGCAAAAUAGAAUUUCAAUCUUUGGAACCAAUUAGAGAAAUUGAGAGUUCAUAAACAAUCAGAGAUCAGAAAUCGAUGUCUGAAGAAAUGGGUUCUUCUCAAAAGAGGAAAUUAGAUGAGAUUUACUCAUCUGCAGAAGAAGAUUCGGACAUAAGUGAAACUGAGAUGGAGGAUUAUGAAGAAAAAGUCCACCAAAAGCUUAAAAAUGGUAAGUUUACUGUUAAAUUAUCUGAUCUUAGGUUUAGAUGUCCAUUCUGCUUAGGUAAAAGGAAGCAGGAUUAUGAGUAUAAACAUCUAGUUCCACAUGCUAAGGGUGCUGGUAAAAAAGGAUCUUCACUUAAGAAAUUUAGAGAAAAAGCAAAACAUUUAGCUCUAGCCAGGUAUUUGGAGAAGGAUUGUGCACCAGUUAAGGAGGAGCCUAUGGAGGAGGAGGUAGAGGAGGGGAAAAUUGUGGAUGUUGUUGGUUCAUCUACUGUGGUGGUGGAGGAGGAGAAAUUUGUGUAUCCAUGGAAAGGAGUUGUUGUGAAUACUGAGAGAGAGUUUAAAGGUGGGAGAUAUAUCGCGCCGAGUGGAAACCGGAUUAAAGAGCAAUUGGUUAAGUUUAAUCCUGUCAGAGUUCAUAGUUUGUGGGGUGCUCAGGGGAGUACUGGUAAGGCGAUUGUGGAAUUUACGAAUGAUUGGUCAGGUUUUCGCAGUGCAAUGUCUUUUGAGAAUGAAUUCAAUAGCACUGGACAUGGGAAAGGACAUUUUGGUUUGGACAGAUGUGGGGUUGGAGGUAUGUAUGGAUGGGUUGCGAGAGAAGAUGAUUAUAAAUCGGAUGGUGUUGUUGGGAAUUUCUUGUCUAGGAAUGGAGAUUUGAAGACAAUUAAGGACAUUGAAGAUGAAGAUUUGAGGAAGAACAAACAGCUUGUGACAAGUUUAGUGAAUUUGGUGGAUGAGAAGAAUAAGAACUUGGAACAAGUUCAGCUUCAAUACAAUGAGACCAGCUACUCUUUAAAGAACUUGGCAUCUCAACAUGAUAAGCUGAAUAAAAAAUACAAUGAAGAGACAUUAAAGAUGCAACAAGAUCAGAAGGAUCGUUUGGAGAAGAUGUCUAAUGAGCGUGAGGAACUCAAAUCGAGAAUGGAAUCUCAAAAGGAAGAGCUCAAGUUGCAGAGAGAAGAGCUGGAGAAAUUCAAGGCACAAAGUGAAAGUGAUAGAGAGAAACUUAUUGAAGAGAAACGAAAGAAUGCGAUGAAAAACAGUAAACUCGAAAUGGCAGAACUGGAGCAAAGUAAAUCAGACAAUAAUAUAUUGAGGAUUGCAGAAGAACAAAAGAGAGUGAAGCAAGCUCGCCUUAGAGAAAGAAUUGAAGAAGAGAAGAAAUUGGAUGCCAAAGAUAAACUGGAAUUAGAGGUUGAACUGUUGACAGGGAGAUUGAAAACUUUGACGCACAUGGCAGGUGAUGACGCAGAUUUAGAGUUCGCGAAGAAGGUUGAGGAUUUGACCAUAGAUUUGAAAGACAAGAAAGAAGAACUAGAAGACCUUGAAGCCAUGAACCAGACUCUGAUAGUCAAGGAACGGCAAAGCAACGAUGAGCUGCAGGAAGCUCGAAAAGAACUAAUCAAUGUACUAAAAGAAACAAGUGAUCGUGCUAUCAUCCGAGUUAAGAGAAUGGGGGAACUUGAUCCUAAACCUUUCCAUGACGCGUGCAAGAGGAAGUAUCCUAGAGACGAAGCAGAAGUCAAGGCUUCAUUACUUUGCACUUAUUGGCAAGAUGAGAUUAAAGAUUCAAAUUGGUUUCCUUUUGUAAAUGUCCAGGUCGGGGAAAAUGAAUACAAGACGGAAAUAAAUGAGAAGGAUGAGAAGCUGAGUCGUCUAAGGAAUGACAUGGGUAACGAGGUAUUCAAAGCUGUGGAAAAAGCGUUGUUCGAGCUGAACGAAUACAAUGGGAGUGGGAGGUACAUAGUCCCAGAAUUGUGGAACUUCAAAGACGGAAGAAGGGCCACACUGAAGGAAGGGAUCCAAAGAUUAACCAAAUCAAAGAAAAAGAAGUGAACUAGAAGAAUAUAUUUGCACUGAGAACAACUCUAGCUUAGUGGUGCCAUGAAUUCUUUUGUUGACUUUGGUUGGUUUCUUCUGAACUUAUGUCUAGUUUAGUUACUACUGUAUCAUUUUGUUUCCCAAAGCAUUGGGAAUAAGUUGUAUUCUUGGUUGAUGGCAGUUACUCUGGACACAUCUAUAUUCUACUUUUGUUGCAUAACCUGCUUC